AUGAAGAGCUUAAGCUGUUUCUGUAAUCUUGAAGUAUGCAAUCAUUUUGUGCUUGGCACUUUGGAUUUUCCUAGCAUGAAUACAAAAUCGCGCCUAAAUGUUGAUAAUGUGUAUGGGCCUGAAAGUGAAUCUGACGAAGAACCACUAAUGAAAUAUAGAAAGUCAAAGCAGCUCAGAGUAUCUUCGUCUUGUUCUCAGCCAGUUUCCGAGGAGACAUACCAGUUUGUGAACAAACAACCCUUAACAUCUAGGUUGAAAAAUAAAUUUAAUAAUGGCGAUUUUGUCUUGGUGAGACUGUUGCAUAAAGAAAAAGAAUAUCGUUACGUAGCGAUGUGCACAGGGGUUAAAGAAGAUGAUGAAGUCGAAGUUAUUUUCUGCAAAGUCUCUGAGAAUACUGGAAAAAGCUUCAGAAUUGAUGACAAUGAUAUUUGUUUCGUCACAUGCGACCAGAUUAUUAAAAACUUACCAGCCCCAAAUUUAAAUAUGAAAAGGCAGAGGAUUUUUUACACUUUUGACAAAAGUAUUAACGUCUUUGAACAGGCG